ACUUGUGGGAAUAAAUAAAGAAGCAAUCUUUGAUUACUUUUUUCUUGUGACUAAAUGUGUGCAGAAACGUGCUAUGGCAGAGAGAUGAAAGAAGAGUAAACUCCAUGAGACAAGCUAAUGUCUCAAUGUGCAGUGUAUCUUCUUCGUGCCUCCCGCUCAGGUAGAAGAAGCUACUUUGUAUAGCAUUGUUGAGACAUCCCCCUUGGCCCUUGCACUCUAUUUGAGAUGGGUACGUUGGCAUUUCAUGCUCAGAAUGUAGAAUCGGAUAUUUACCUUUCAUUGGGGCUUACAGAAUUAAGAAAAGGCUUUCUGGAAAGUCCACGGGUUUUAUCACUUCUCUCCUCACUGCUUGAGAGAUCAGUUCAAAAAAAUGAGUUGCUACUGGAGAUGUCACAAAUUAAAGAUGUUGUUACAAUAUUCCAUGGUCUGAGAGCACCCACUCUGAGCAUCCGGCACUAUAUUGAUCGAAUCUUCAAGUACUCUGCUUGCAGCCCUUCCUGCUUUGUUGUUGCACAUAUCUAUAUUGAUAGAUUCCUCCAGAGUACAGAGGUUCAAUUAACGUCCCUAAAUGUUCACCGGCUUCUAAUAAUAAGUAUUAUGCUCGCAGCAAAGUUUAUUGAUGACGCAUUCUUCAACAAUGCCUAUUAUGCCAAAGUGGGAGGAGUAAGCACUGCAGAGUUGAACAGGUUGGAGAUGAAGUUUUUGUUCAGUAUAGAUUUCAGACUCCAAGUGACAUCAGAGACUUUUGGAAGAUAUUGUUCGCUAUUGGAAAGGGAAACUGCAGAAGGGCUCCAAAUUGAACGGCCUUUUCAAGCCUGUAGAAUUAAAGAGAGUUGGUCAAACAAAGAUGAUUCAAAUUGUGCUCCCACUGUUGCACGGUGAAAAUAUGGAAUUAUGCCCCAUGUCUGAGUAUAAACCAAAUCUCUGAAACACAAUGAAAUUAGAAAGCAGGCUUGUUUGUACUUGACCAAUCGUGUUAGGGACACCAUGUUUGUUUGAUUACUGUCUUUCAAAUGUUGUAAUUGGGUAGAGAUUGAAAUAGAUUUUUUCAUAUUUCUUUUCAUCCUGUGCUUUUUCUCAAAGCACCAACUUCUUGUGGUUUAUCCCUUGGUUUGGGUCUUCAUCAAUGUAGGUGUAAACACAGAUUUAAUCAAUUCUAUGGUUGAAAGGAGAUUGAUUGCA